GCCGUGCACACGCGUGGGUCAUGCUCCGCACCUGACAGCCGUGCUGUCCACUCCAGAGUCCAGACUCUAACCCGAGGAAAACUUAGCAACAACAACAACAACAACAACUUCUCCACCGCUGCUGCUGCUGAGGACACUUGACACAAGGACUGUUUUACAGCAAAAGAAGAAGAAAAAAAGACACCCAAAAAAAACGUAUUUAUUUAAUUUUUUUAUUCCUAUAAAAGCUGCAUCACAAAGGCGAAACGGCGACCUCAGUCGAUUACCUUUCUUUUCUUUGCUAUCCCAUGGAUAUUCAUUGCAAAGCAGACCCCUUCUCGGCGAUGCACCGGCACGGCGGUGUGAACCAGCUCGGUGGGGUGUUCGUCAACGGCAGACCCCUGCCGGACGUGGUGAGGCAGCGGAUCGUGGAGCUGGCCCACCAGGGGGUCCGACCCUGCGACAUCUCCAGACAGCUACGGGUCAGUCACGGCUGUGUCAGCAAAAUCCUCGGCAGGUACUAUGAAACCGGCAGUAUUAAACCUGGAGUAAUCGGUGGCUCCAAACCAAAGGUUGCAACCCCGAAGGUGGUGGAUAAAAUCGCAGAAUACAAGCGUCAAAAUCCAACCAUGUUCGCCUGGGAAAUAAGGGACCGGCUACUGGCCGAGGGCGUCUGCGACAACGACACCGUCCCCAGCGUUUCAUCCAUCAACAGGAUUAUCCGCACCAAAGUCCAGCAGCAGUUUCACCCGUCACCUGAUGGAUCUGUCACGCCGCUCUCCACACCGGGCCACACCAUAGUGCCCAGCACGGCCUCGCCGCCUGUGACCAGCGCCUCCAACAACCCCGUAGGAUCCUACUCCAUCAACGGCAUUCUGGGUAUACCCCGCUCCAACGGUGAGAAGAGAAAGCGAGAUGAUGUUCUCUGGAGUGGCAACCACUUGGAUGGAAGGAAAAUAGGACAUUAUGGCUCUGAUGGCUCGGGCCCCGGCAGCGACUCUCAGGGCAGCGUGGAGAGUUUAAGGAAGCAUCUGCGAGCAGACGCCUUCACCCAGCAGCAGCUGGAGGCCCUGGACCGUGUGUUUGAACGUCCUCCUUACCCUGAUGUCUUCCCCACUUCAGAACACAUCAAACCCGAACAGGCAAAUGAGUAUUCCCUCCCCUCCCUGAACCCCGGCCUGGAAGACGUGAAGCCAAGUCUCUCCACCAGCGCCAGCUCCGAGUUGGCCUCCAGUGUGUCCCAGAGCUACUCUGUUGUGACAGAGCCUCACCCAUCAUACCCACCCUCCAUGUGUGUUAAGAGGGAGCCUCACGAGGCUUCCUUUGCCCCCUUCACCCCCUCCUCUGUUGGAGACUCUGCUCUAGCCGACAUCUUGCCUCACCAGUCCGGCCUCUCUGUAGAUGCCUCCACUCCCAGCUACCCCGCCCAUGCCCACGGUCCCUGCUACAGCCAGUAUGCCAGCCAGCCCUUUAUAGCAGGUCGAGACAUGGCCAGCACCACCUUACCUGGAUAUCCGCCUCACGUUCCCCCGACGGGACAAGGCAGCUACCCCACAUCCACCCUCGCUGGAAUGGUCCCUGGUGGGGACUUUUCUGGAAACCCAUAUUCUCAUCCACAAUACAGUGCAUACAAUGAAGCCUGGCGUUUCAGCAAUCCAGCGUUACUAAUGCCGCAUCCCGUGGCUCCGCGCCUCCCACUGCUGCCACUGCCUACGACCGCCACUAGUUACCACCAGGAGCAGCUCAAACUUCAGGGCCAGAGCUUCGGCCUCCAUAUCGUCCCCGUCUGAGAAACACUGAGGUCACUGUGCAGGAUGGAGCUACGAGGUGGAUGUCGGUUGAUGCAUCAGGCACCAGGCUACAGCACCACACACUGUAGGCCAUAAUGGCCCCCCCGUGGGCAACAGAACUCUCCCAUCAUGCCCCUCACUCUCUCACAGACCUGACGAAUUCCAGAAUUACUUUAAGAGAUUAUAUAAAUAUAUAUAUUAUAAAAUAUAAAUCGAAGAAAAACGGUGUGAAGAAAACCCUGUGGAAAAAAAAAUAUUGUGGGUUUUUUUAUUUUUUGUUUCUCCGUUGCUGUUGUUGUUGUUGUUAUUUUAUUCACAGAUCCUCAUAUUUCUUUACGUAACAAACUGCAGUAUAUUUCUGCUCUGAAAGUCCAGUGGAGGUGAUGUUGGCCAUCUAGUUUGAGGAUGCAGGGGCCAGAACCACAGAUUGAAUCCCCCCUGACACUUGGCAAGCUGAUUUUUUUUUCUAACUCUUGUGCUGUGACCACAUCAUCUAGUUCCAUUUCUUCAGCUAAAUUAUCAGAGAAACACAAUGUUUACCAACCCUGUACAAAUGUUAAACAUUUCUCAAAGUAUUAAAAAAAAAAGAGAGACCAUGUAACACAAUACUGCGGCCAGAAUCUACAACUCCACACUAUAUUAAUCCAAACAUGUCCUGAAAUGUUGCCACAUUUCCUCAGUUUCCCCUCUGGGCUGACAUCGAUCCAUCUUUAUUUUUGCUGUUUUUUGCACUAAAAUCUCUGGUUAUCUUCUUUAUUUUGUACAUUCCGAAGCAUUUUAAAAAUUUAGCUUUAAUUUAAGUCCACACAGCAGACAGACACAUGCAUUACCUUCCUUUAAAAAGAUGAAAAUUGCAAUUAAUAAAAACAAUUGUAGCCAUAUAAAUCCAUAGAUUAUGGCUCUGUUAGCUAUCCUUUCUAUAUAAUUUUGCUUAUACAUUAUUCAUCCAUAAGGUGGUACCAAAAGAUGCCUACACUGUUUAGAAAGGUGAAUGCAGUUGAGCGAGCCUAUAGCAAAUGAGCUUCAACAAUUGCCUUACAACUCUGUUUCCCAGUCAAAUCCAUGCCUGUUGAGUCAGAUUAACUGCCUUUACACACACACACACGCACGCACACACACACACACACACACACACACACACACACACACACAUCCUCCAUCAGGACUGAGAGAAAAUACUGAUUCAGUUUUGCUUUUCGUUGGAAAAAAAUAUGUUGUGAAUGUACUUUUACUGACAUUUGCCAAAGACUUAGUUUGAUAUUUAAUAUUUUAUUUACAGUAUAUGUACGCAUAAGUUAAACAGUAUUAUUUUUAACCAGAAGUCAUCAACACUGAUCACGUACGGUACAGUAUCACCACUUUCCAAACAACAACAACAAAAAAAUACUGUCUUGGGAAAAAAAGGCUGAAAUUCAACAACUCUGUAUUGUAUUCCAACAGCUGCAACAAAAUGCUGCUUUUGUAGAAUGAUUUGUGAAUAAUGUGAAGACAAUUUUUUUUUCCUCUGUAAAUAAUGUCAAACACACACCACUGCAGUAUCUUACUAAUGUACUGGCUCCCUUUGUAGAUAUACACACAAAAAAAACAUGCAUUACAUUUGUGUCUUAAUGUAAUGUUGUGCUCUGGUGAACCGCACAACUAUUAUUCGACCUGUGGAUCCGUCAGUGGCAGGUUUUAGAUGCUGAAAUCACAUUAAUGUCCCUUGUCAUUUUUUUUUUUUUUUGAUUAUUUUAUUUUCAUUAUGUCGUCAUGAUGAUGUUUUAUGUCACUAUGCAAUGAGUUAAAUGGCUUUCUGUAUCAUGUUUGGUCAUCGGACAACAAGUAAUCCC